AUGAUUACCAACAACCAACUUAUCCAAACUACCGGUUAUCUCUUUGCCAUCGCGAUUGCAAUGGCACUAUCCGUCACGGUCUUCGUAAAGGACAUCCUCGCUCUUCUUACAUUCAGCGCAUCAUCUACCGUUGCGCACGAAUAUCCUCGCAUUGCCGUUACGGUCAAGGUCGAAGUCGUUACCACCCACUACUCGACAAUUGAACCCUUGUCUUCGGUGUCGUCUGACUCUACCUUGGUCCAGGUAUCAUCAGAAUGUUACAGCGGUUCACGAGUAGGCAAGCAUAAUUGCUUGUUCUAAAUUAUAUGAACAUGAAAACUUGUCGGUCGUUCAGACCACAAAGACAAUUUUCGCCCCCUGCAUGGACUGUCGUCCUAUCAGUCAGCCUCCUCAUCUAUACGGCUCCAUCCCUACCCUGUGUCCAGUCGAGGGACGAGGAUUCAGUGGUGCAGAGGGAAAGACAAGUCCAGUAAAUUACCUCACGCGACUCAUGCAAGCCUAAGACAAAAGCGUCUUUCUUUCAUCUCAGAGGAGGCAUUAAAUAC